ACAACAAUCACUAGUUUUGUGUACAAAAAUAAUCAUUAAUUUAUAUUGCUAAAAUUUACUAUAUUGUUUGUUAAAUAAUUUAAUAGUUUUAAAUAUUUUAAUUUUAUAAGCACGUUUUUAAAAUGCCUCUAAUCGACAUUACAAAUCCUGCGGUGAUUAUUUUCCUCAUCGAAAACUACGAAAAAGAAAAUCGACUUCGACUCAAUUGGAUCCACAAACAUCGGAAGCAGAUUGAGGAAGCCGCAACAUUACACAGAGAGCCCAAGAACUAUUAUGAAACUGAUGUGAUCGCUCACAACAUGGUCGAAGGAAUGGCGACUAUCACGAGAGACCACGUGGUCGCAGGGUAUAACAGAAGGAAGGUCCCUUUGAGGGACGCACCGUUCAUCCCGGGAGUUAAAAAUCUGAGGCGCGGGCAUUCGAUCGUUGAUGUUGGUCUUGGAGACGUAAAAGAUGAUCCACGAUUAGGCAGAGCUGAUACCGAUCUAUCUACCGACCCUGUAAUGCGACCCAUUGAACCUGAAGUGACAGGAAUAAUAUACAAACCCAAGCCGGAAUUUGGUAGAGUACAGUAUCUCGCUAAAAGAUCGAAGAUCGAUCCCGAAAAGAGGUAUUACUUUGCAGAGACUGGUAACUUUGAGUAUGGUUGGCGUAUGAAGGAUACCAAGAUGCAUCAGAAGCCGUUGUAUGGUAGAUGUUGGCAUUUAACCAGAGCAUUGCGCAGCCGUGUUGGUCCACAACCAGACCCUCCUCAUUACAAGUCAUCGGACCUCCCGGGACCGAGCAGUUGCGCAGGAAUAUAAACAGAUGUCUCUGGCACCCCAAGUAUUGUAACAGAUACAAAAUUAAAUUAUGUGUACAAACAUUUAAAUGUUGCAGUCUCUAAGUAGUGUAUUUAAUUGUAUCAUACUUAGAAACGUUAAUAUUAAUUUAAAUAUAUUUUGGAUUCCCUUCAGUUUUA